AUGGAUGUGUCGAGGAUAGAAUCUAUUCAAGGGAUGGACUUUUUUUCUGGAAAAACAUCUCCAACGUUUGAAGCCCUAAUUCUCCAUCGCUCACUCACUUCACUCCCGCGCUCCAAAUUAAAGCUUCGAUCAGUUAUUUCCAUAAGUUUGAGGUUGAUCCAUGGAUCCAGAAGCUGCCCGAACUGCCCGGGAAUCCCUGGAGUUGCACUUGCUGCUGUUGUCAAGGAGUUCCGCCGGGACCCACCAUUAACCACCACCACCACAACACCACCAUCUCCACCGCUUCCUUGA